UAGGCCUGGGCUCCCCAGGCUCUUGAGUCCAGCUUCUGACUGCUGUCGUUCACUGAGGCUGAAAACUCAAAGCAAAAUAAACCAUGAGGCUGUCCGUGACUGCCCUGCUGGUUACUCUGGCCCUUUGCUACUACGAGGCCAAUGCAGUUGUCUGUCCAGCACUUGCUGUGGAUCUGAUCAAUUUCUUACAUGCUCCUGACUCAGUGUACAAGCUGUCACUUGCGAAGUACAGAGGAUCUCCAGAAGCCGUGGCUGCCAAGAUAGAAGUGAAGCAAUGCGUGAAUAAAUUCUCACUCGAAAACAAAUUACUCAUUUCAGAGAUACUGAAAAAAAUACUGGUGGUUUGUAAUACCAGCGUGAAGCUUUCCUAGAUCCUUCUUCCGUGUGAUCACCUGAUCUUCUAUGGAAAAUGUAGAGGUUUCAACAUCUUGCUCAAUAAAUGAUUUGCCCUGCA